AUGCCUGUUGAUCAUCCUCCAGUCCCUCUUGUUCAAAUUUCAGCAAACUCACUUUCAAUGUCGGCAGGUGAGAAAGUUCGACGACCCGUGUCAGCAUCCCUUCCCAGUGCUCCUAACUCCAAUAAACCCUCCAAACCUCGAAAUUUGGUCAACACUUUAAAACGAUUGGAUCCGGGCCUACUGAGACACAACCAUCACUCGGAAGCGAGGGUAAAUGGCGAUGCCGACAAUGCACGCUACGAUGCUAGGUACAAAAUUGUUCUGCUGGGCGAAUCUGGUGUGGGCAAAACAUCAUUGAUUCGAGCAGCGGUCGGUGAACCCUUCAAUCCCACAAUGAUUUCUACAAUCGGUACAUAG